AGCCAGAGGUGAAAGUAAAUCUCAGGAAAGGAAUGGCUGGGGAUAAUGAUACUGCAGUAACAGAGUUCUUCCUCCUGGGUCUCACAGACCAGCCCAAGCUGCAGGUCGCUCUUUUUGUGGUGUUUCUAUCCAUAUACGUUAUCGCCCUGGUGGGAAAUCUGGGGAUGAUCAUCUUAAUCAGGACUGACCCACGACUCCAUUCCCCCAUGUACUUCUUCCUCAGUAACUUGUCCUUCAUAGAUAUUUGCAGCACCUCAACCAUCACCCCCAAGAUGCUGUCGACCUUAUGCAAUGAGAAGAUCAUUUCUCUUUCUGGGUGCAUGGCACAGCAGUUCUUCUAUUCAGGGGUCGUAUCCCUGGAAGCCAUCAUGUUGGCAGUGAUGGCGUAUGAUCGCUAUGUCGCAGUAUGUAAUCCCCUGAUUUAUAAUACAGUGAUGUCCCAUGCAGUUUGCCUUUGGCUCGUCGCUGGUUCCUACGCUGCUGGCUUCACCACUGCUGUCGUCCAAGUCAGCUGCACCUUCAGUUUAUCAUUCUGCAACUCCAACAAGAUCCAGCAUUUCUUCUGUGACAUCCACCCGCUGCUGAAACUCUCCUGCACUGACAUCCACAUCAACGAGAUUGUGCUCUUUACAUUCAGCUUGGUCAUUGGCUUGCCCACUUCCCUGCAAAUCCUCGUCUCCUACUCAUACAUACUCUCCACCAUCCUGCGGAUCCGCUCUGCUGAGGGCAGGAGCAAAGCCUUCUCCACCUGUGCCUCUCAUCUGACGGCCGUCACUGUGUUUUACGGGAGUACUUUGUUUAUAUAUUUACACCCUACUGCCAGCUAUUCACUGGACAGCAACAUGGUGCUUUCUGUGUUCUACACCAUGGUGAUCCCCAUGCUGAAUCCCCUGAUCUACAGCCUGAGGAACAAGGAGGUGAAGCGAGCCAUCAGGAAAACCAUCAGCAAGAGGAUUUCUUUGUAAAACUCACUGCUGAAAGAUUGGUGCACUUCAAAAACUGGUUAGAGUAUUGAGAUAAUUGUUAUGGCUCUUGGUUCUGCCCGGAGACCAGGAGCUGAGCUUGAAAGACAGAGGUGUAGUUUCGUAGAUGGGAAAGGAGCAGGUUUUAUGUUGGUUAUUUCAGGGGUAGGGAGUCAGCUGUUCAAGAAGAUAGUGAUAUGUCAGGAGUUGAGAAUGUACAAGAUUUUCCCAGGACUUGAACUUCUGUACGUGCAGCUUUUUCACCUACAAAAGUGGCUGACUGGGAAAUAAAGUAGAAGGAAGACUGGGCUCCAAACCUGUUACAGGACUUGCCUGGAGUCCUAGAGUAUGUCUGCUUGGCAGUUAGUUUUGUAAGGUCCAGCUUCUGUACACAUACUAAUGGUGUAGACAUGGUAGCAGAAGUGGCACCUCAAGCUAGCUGCUUGAGUACUAGCCUAUCCUAGGUACUUACUGAAGUGGAUAGCCUGAGCAACCCGUCCAUGCUGCCAUGGCUACACUGCUAUUUUUAGUGUGCUAGCUCAUUUCAAGCUCAUGUCUACCCAUCUACUGGAGCUGGGACCUACACCUCCAGCAGCACUGUAGACAUACCCUAAAGUGGGGAAUUUUCUUUUUCUGGUUAUGGUGACUUACUUUGCUUGUUUUUUUAGAAGCAUUGUCCUUACACACGGCACCUGAAUGUUUUUCUUCCAUACUUAUGUUCCUUAGCAGAGCACCAUUGCCAUGUAUCAUUCCUGCUUGUCACCACUAAGUGUAACUGUAUGUAGAACAUUAAUAUUUAGGCCAAAUAUUGCCUCUUCUCUGGUAAUGACUUUGAUAAAAAAUGUUUUCAGUCCUAUAUAUGAAGGCUAACUUCCCUAGGAGUAGCAAAUAUCAACACCUCUCUAUGUAAAGCAUGCAUGCCCAG